UUGGUCUAAGCUGUCAAGUUGACGGAUAAAGAAAGGUUUGGGGCUUGCUUCUUCUUCUCUUCUCUCUCUCUCUUUCUCGCUAUCCAUCGUCUUCGCCGAAAAAUCCCUAAAUUAAUUUGUUCUUACCAUCCCACCACCACCACCACCAAUCUAAUUCCCGCCAAAGAGAAUGUCGUGAAAUGAAUCCUCUUCGUGUAUUCCAACCGCGGCUAAUCUGAAGAGUUUCUCGCAAUCUCCGCCCUUUUUACCGGCUAACCUUUUCCUUAUCCGAUUCGUUUAGUCUCCGGUCGAGAAAUGGAGAGUUCAGCUACUGAGCAUAGCGGUUUCAACACCAUGGUAACAAAAGCAUAUCCACUACGGAUAUUAAACCACAACACGGAAGAACAUAACAACUCAGGAGGAGGUGCCGAGCCUUACGUUGGUCUAGAGUUCGACACAGCAGAGGAAGCUCGCGAGUACUACAACGUCUACGCUGCGAGAACCGGUUUCAAAGCGAGGACCGGCCAGCUGUACAGAUCGAGAACAGACGGAACAGUUUCUUCGAGGAGGUUCGUUUGCUCUAAGGAAGGCUUUCAGUUGAAUUCGAGAACCGGAUGCACUGCUUUCAUCCGCGUCCAGAGAAGGGACACAGGGAAAUGGGUUCUUGACCAGAUCCAGAAAGAGCAUAACCACGAGCUCGGAGGUGAAGCUGAGGAGACCACGACGACUCCGCGUCCUGUUAGAGCUCCUGCUCCUACUAAGCUUGCUACAACUGUUAAUCAGCAUAGACCGAAAAUGAAAGUUGUUGACGAGUCUGACAGAGAGCAAAGAUCUUCCUCCAAAAGCUCUCUCAAACGCUUCAAAAGCUGUAGCGUUGGUGAAGGAGAAGUGAGCAACGAUCAUCAUUCUAAAGCUGUUUCCGGUAGUGAGCCUUACGCAGGUUUGGAGUUUGCUUCGGCUAACGAAGCGUGUCAGUUCUACCAAGCCUAUGCGGAAGUCGUCGGGUUUAGAGUUCGGAUCGGUCAGCUGUUCAGAUCCAAAGUGGACAACUCGAUCACUUCGAGACGGUUUGUUUGUUCGAGAGAAGGGUUCCAGCAUCCUUCGAGGAUGGGAUGCGGAGCUUACAUGAGGAUCAAGAGGCAAGACUCGGGCGGAUGGAUAGUAGACCGGCUCAACAAAGAUCAUAACCACGACCUCGAACCGGGGAAAAAGAACCAAGACGGUUUGAAAAAGAUAUCUGACGAUGUCACAGGAGGGCUAGACUCCGUUGAGCUAAUCGAACUAAACAACAACAACAAACACAUCAAGAAAGCUACAUCAAGAGAGAACAGAAUCGGUAAAGAAUGGUAUCCUCUCCUUCUCGACUACUUCCAGUCCAAACAAACCGAAGACAUGGGAUUCUUCUACGCCGUUGAGUUAGACGUUCACAGUGGAAGCUGUCUCAGCCUCUUCUGGGCGGAUAGCAGAGCGAGAUUCGCUUGUAGUCAGUUCGGCGACGCAGUUGUGUUCGACACUUCGUACAGAAAAGGAAGCUACUCAGUCCCCUUCGCUACUUUCGUCGGCUUUAACCAUCAUCGACAACCGGUGCUUCUCGGUUGCGCCGUGGUUGCUGACGAGUCCAAAGAUAGUUUCGUAUGGUUGUUUCAGACAUGGCUCCGCGCCAUGUCUGGCCGUCCUCCGAGGUCGGUUGUAGCCGAUCAAGACUCUUCUAUCCAGCAAGCUUUGUCACAGGUCUUCCCCGGGGCGCAUCGAAGGUACUCAGCUUGGCAGAUGAGGGAGAAGGAACGGGAGAAUCUCAGACCGUUCCCGAGCGAGUUCAAGUACGAGUACGAGAAGUGUAUAUACCAGAGUCAGACCGUGGUGGAGUUUGAUUCAGUUUGGAACUCUCUCAUCAACAAGUACGGUCUCAGAGACGACGUAUGGCUCAGAGAGAUCUACGAGCGCCGCGAGCAUUGGGCUCCUGCCUAUCUAAGAGCGAGCUUCUUCGCCGGGAUCCCGAUCAACGGAGCCUUCGAGCCGUUCUUUGGCCCUUCUCUCGACGCUCUGACGCCUCUCAGAGAGUUCAUCGGCAGAUACGAGCAAGGACUCGAGCAGAGACGCGAGGAGGAGAGAAAAGAAGAUUUCAACUCUUACAACUUGCAGCCUUUCUUGCAGACGAAGGAGCCAGUGGAGGAACAGUGCAGGAGGCUCUACACUCUCACCGUCUUCAGAAUCUUCCAGAACGAGCUCGUCCAGUCUUACAGCUACCUCUGCUUGAAGACUUAUGAGGAAGGAGCGAUGAGCAGGUUCUUGGUGAGGAAAUGCGGGAACGAGAGCGAGAAACACGCGGUGACUUUCAACGCGACGAAUCUGAACUCGAGCUGCAGCUGUCAGAUGUUUGAGCACGAAGGGCUUUUGUGUAGACACGUGUUGAAAGUGUUUAAUCUGUUGGAAGUUAAAGAGCUUCCGUCUAAGUAUAUACUGCACAGGUGGACGAAGAAUGCUGAGUUUGGGUUUGUGCGCGAUAUGGAGUCUGGUGUGAGCUCUCAGGACCUUAAGGCCUUGAUGGUUUGGAGUCUGAGAGAGGCUGCUUCUAAGUAUAUAGAGUUUGGGACUUCGUCUCUGGAGAAGUAUAAGCUUGCUUAUGAGAUUAUGCGUGAGGGUGGCAAGAAGCUUUGUUGGCAGAGAUGAUGAACUCGGCUUGAAAAAAAAUGUUUUUAACCCUUUGGAGAAUAUGAAGUCUUUCUUGCUCUACGUUCUAAUGUUAACCCUUGUGGCUGUAAGUGGUGGUGGUGGUGGGGUUGGAGUUGUGGUCAUUGUCUUUUCCCAGUGAUAAUUGUCAUCAUUUGCAAUGGCAGCUUCUUGUGAUGUAUUAUUAUCAGUGACAUGUUUAUUGUCUCUUAUGUGUUGUUUAUGUUCUAAGAAAUUGAGAACAGAUGAGAAGUGUAGGGUUUUGGUGUGAUCCACGGAUCAUGUUUAGAGAACCAAGUGUCGUCGUUUGAUCCUAGAAGUUUUAGAAUGUACUAUUAAUAUCAUUUUCAAUCUC